AAUGGUGACUGACGUGCAGCUGGCCAUCUUUGCCAACAUGUUGGGUGUGUCUCUGUUCCUGCUGGUGGUUCUAUAUCACUAUGUAGCUGUCAACAACCCCAAGAAACUGGAGUAGAACUGCCCUGGAGAGGAGAGCUGGCGGCUGAGGGGGACCAGAGAGAGACGCAGUAAGACGCCUCUCCUCACAGGUGGCGGUUGAGGGGAACCAGAGAGAGACUCAGUGAGACGCCUCUCCUCACAGGUGGCGGUUGAGGGGGACCAGAGAGAGCAGCAGUGAGACGCCUCUCCUCACAGGUGGCGGCUGAGGGGGACCAGAGAGAGCAGCAGUGCGACGCCUCUCCUCACAGGUGGCGGCUGAGGGGGUCCAGAGAGAGCAGCAGCCUCUUCUUCAUCGUUCAUCUUUUCUCCUUCCCUGUCUGUCUCUCUCCCAGCCUGUACAGGAGUGUUUUCUAAUAAAAUGCCUGUCAACAAA